AUGUUUGUUGCCUCGAUCUUCACGAAGUGCUACAUCUCCAAGGCCCACUCCAACACGAAUGAGUUGGUGAACUUCGACGACCACCUCACGGAGGGUGCUGUGGCCUGUGCGCUGUCCCACCUCGCAGCGCUUCAGAAAGUGGCAAACGACUCCUCGGCAGACUGGGGCCUCAUUUUGGAAGACGAUGUGUCCUUGGUGGUGCCGGACGUUGACAGGUCAAUUUCGACCAUCCUCGAGCAGUUGCCCGCUCACUGGAGUGCUGUGUUUCUUGGCUACCAUAACAAGUACGGCUGCCCACAUCGGCGCUCUGCCAACUCGUCCUUUCGGCGCUUUGAUGACUGGGCAGAGGAGGAGCCAGGGAUGACCGAGGUAGAGCCCGUCUUCGAGAUCCACGACCACAACUGGGGUCUCUAUGCCUGGAUGGUCAAGAAGGAAGCGGCGCGACUUCUGGUAGAAGAGCUCUUCCCGAUCAGCAGCCAAGUCGACUAUGCGAUUUCCAGGUUCCUCAUCACCCAGUGUGGAGGGGUCUUCUCUGUCCAUCCAGAUAGGCUGCUGUUCUUCAGUCCGACAAGUCAAGAAGGGCAAGAUUCUGACAUCCAGACGAUGCGAGCCGAGGAGGCCGUGGUAGAAGAGUUUGGCUCCUGGGAAGCUUAUCUCGAAGCACAGAGGCCGAGCUCGUAUGGCGAGUACGAUGCCGAGGUGCCAGUUUCUGAGGGAAUGGGGGCGAUGUCUUCGAAGUCCGUGGGCGCCGACAGUGCUGCCGACUCAGCGAGCCCGCCGUCGGCACAGCACUUCAUGAUCUCGACGGCCGCUGCCAAGCUGAGCGAGGCUUUCUCAGGAGAUGACAAGAAGAAGAAGGAGAAGAACAAGAAGAAGAAAAGUCGCAAGAGCAGCUCGACAUCCCCGUCGGAGGAGAGUGGCGAGGCUCCGGAGGUGGACGUGGCUGCGGCUGUGGGCCUGCCGUCCAAGGAGUUCGCGAGGAGCUCAAAGCAGAGCUGCUUGGAGGACCUUUCGGUCCGUCAGCUGGCAUGUGCCCUUUCGGGGGUUUAUGCCUUUAUGCUGCCGUCCGACAUGAUGGAAAUCGGGGGUUCCUAUGAGUCUUGGCAGCGGUUAUUUGUUUAUAGGGAAGGUUAA